AUGAGCGGCUACAAUCCCUAUGCCUCGGGGCACGGGCACCAAGGCGAUGGCAUGCAGCAGAUGGACAUGUCGGCCAACGGACAUAUCAUGGCCCAAGGAGCUGCCAUGGACGCCAUGGCCGGACAAUCCCUCGACGAUAUCGUCAGCCAGAACGCCAAAUUCAUGCGGAGACAGAGCAUGUCCGGUGUAUUUCAUCCAGGUCAACAACAGCAACAACAAUCACAUCAGACUCAGCCCAUGGAUACCGACGACCCAAGGCGUAUGUCUAUGAUGGAAUUCACAGGCACCUCCCCCACUGGUCCCCUGGAUGCCUACCAGUUCAGCCUUCCAAACUCAGACAUGGUUGACGCUACAGCUUAUAUGGCCGCCAGCCAAGCCAACCCCAACAACAUUCAAAGCAGACAACCCUCUACCGGUGGCGGUGACAUGGCCAUCGACAAUGGUUUCGCCCCAACAACUUCUUUUAUGCCAAUGAUGCCAUCGACCUCAUCCUACCAAUCUCCUGCACACCUCUCCAACAUUGACAUGGAUCUCAACAGUCCCUACAUCAACACUCCUAUGCACAUGUCAUCCCUUGGUUACAACAGUCCGAGCAUUGAUCGACCAAUGCUUACGUAUAAUCGCCCUUCCUACCACCACGGAAUGAUGAAUUCUCCCCUCAAUACUUCUGUGCCCAACAACAUGUACGCACAAUCUCCAGAAGCUGGUGGAAACCCCAACCCUCCGAAGAGGCCGUCUCUCGAGAACUCGCAUAGUAGAUCAUCGACAAGUCAAACCAUGCAAAAUACACACCAACAGUCACGCCAGCCCACUCCACAGCGACAAAAUAGCAAUCAUCAACCACAAAACCAAAGGCAACACUCAGGAUUCAAAGCGCAGCCUCAAAAUCCUCAACCUGGCUCGCAACAAGAUGUAGGCAUGGACAGAGGUCGCCAUAUGGAUCAAAGGUCUCGUUCACCAGACCCGUCACGAUAUAAUCCGAAUAACCAGGGUUUCAAUUGGCCUACACCGGAAGGCAAACCUCACAUGCAUUCUCAAUACAAGAACGCAUACUCCUCGACUGGUUUCGAUAUGCUUGGAGUUCUGGUACAUAUCACUGUCAUGAUAGCGUGGGGCACAAGAGCUGACGUUGGAAUANNGAUGCGCGUCGCGACUCGACCAAAUCCAGAGAUCAAUAUCGGUUCCGUCGAUUUGUCUUGUGCUUUUGUAGUGUGUGAUGCAGAAAAGGAUGACUUUCCUAUUGUUUAUUGCUCAGACAACUUCGAACGGCUCACCGGCUAUACCAGACACAUGAUCCUCGGCCGGAAUUGCAGAUUUCUACAAUCACCAGACGGCAAUGUCGAAGCUGGAGUUCGACGCAAAUAUGUCGAUGAUGACUCGGUGCUCUACCUCAAGAACAUGAUCAAUCUUCGAAGGGAAGCUCAAAUUUCAUUGAUCAACUAUCGACGAGGUGGCCAACCCUUUAUGAACUUAUUAACAAUGAUCCCAAUUUCUUGGGACACAGAUCAGGUCAAGUUCUUUGUCGGGUUUCAGGUCGAUUUGGUAGAACAACCAAAUGCCGUGACCGAUAGAAAUCCCGAUGGCACUUACUCGAUCAACUAUCAAAGAGGCAUGACAAUGCCACGCUACGUUAUGAACGCCCCAGAGUCGACUGCCAACAGAGGAGAGCUUGGUCAAACGAUACCGAGAGACGACGUCUCCGCUAUUCUCAGCACGAUUGGAACCGGAGAAUCGGAUUUCGCCAAACGCAUGUGGGACAAAGUACUCCUCGAAAACACAGACGACGUCAUCCAUGUUCUGUCUCUCAAGGGCUUGUUUCAAUGGAUUUCUCCAUCUGCAUCGAGGGUCCUCGAAUAUGAACCUGGAGAAAUUAUUGGCACAGCACUUUCAUCAAUCUGUCACCCUAGUGAUAUCGUGCCUGUAACAAGAGAUCUCAAGGACACUUCUACUGGAGCAUCAGUCAACGUCGUUUUCCGCAUCCGUAGGAAGAACAGUGGUUAUAUGUGGUUCGAGGGCCACGGAUCGCUUCAUACCGAACAGGGCAAGGGUCGAAAAUCAAUCAUCAUGGUCGGAAGAGAACGUCCGGUCUACGCACUCAGCAGAAACGAGUUGACUGGAAACAAUGGAGUCGGUGAAAACGAGCUUUGGACCAAGAUGUCGACGUCAGGCAUGUUCCUGUUCGUGUCAUCGAACGUAAGACAGCUUCUCGACCGUCAGCCGGAUGAGCUUGUAGGAGUAAGCAUCCAAUCUCUCAUGAGAGCAGAUUCCAAGGCCGAGUUUGGACGAGUUCUGGAGCACGCGCGUACCGGUAAGAAAGCAUCCGUUAGACACGAGAUGAUCAAUCGCCGUGGACACGUCCUCCAGGCUUUCACGACAUUGUAUCCUGGUGAUGCGACAGAAGGACACAAGCCGACAUUCAUUGUCGCUCAAACACGUCUCAUCAAGCACCAGCGGGGCAAUUCAUCCUCUCGACCAGCGCUGAGUCAACGUGGGUCGGAAUCUGUGUUGUCCGGCAGAUUCACACCUACAACGCCAAUGCUUAUGGGCGACAAUACUCCACAAUCACUAAUGCAGCUCCAAUCUACAGACGGCGCAGCUCCCACUUACUCGGGCCAAAACGGACUCCUGCUUGGUCGCCAAGACGGAGCAUUGGCCUCGGAAGAUAACCUGUUUGAUGAACUCAAAACGACUAAGUCCUCUUCUUGGCAGUACGAGAUCAGACAGUUGGAGAAGAAGAACCGGAUGCUAGCAGAGGAAGUACAAUCUUUGUUGGCUGCGAAGAAAAAGCGAAAGAGGAGAAAGGGUGCUGGUCAGAUGCAGAAAGAUUGUGCCAACUGUCACACCAGAGUAACGCCCGAGUGGAGGAGAGGCCCAAGCGGACAGCGAGAUCUUUGCAACAGCUGUGGUCUGAGAUGGGCCAAGCUGAACGGGAGAGUAUCACCUCGAACCAGCUCACAGCACUCUGUACAUUCGGCGACAUCGGAGAAGGCUUCCAAGAAGUCACAGUCUCCUAUGCAUCCGCCCGGUGUUCAUGGCGUCAAGACAGAAUCGACGACGCCUCGUCAACAGUCGCUCGACGCACUCGCACAACACGGUCAAAACAUGAACGCGACUAGCGGGUAUGUCAACGUCACCUCACCACAACAACACCAUGGACCUACGGGGCAUUCCGCACACAUGGAAGGCGCCAGCAGGGUUCCCGAAAAGAUCGAAGAAGAGUGA